UAGCAGAUAUGAUUUACUGACGAUAACAGAAACAAAGCUUCAAGGCAUUACCGGAGAUGGUUGAUUUUCGGUUUUGCCGGCGAUCGUCGUCGUCAAUUGAUGCCGUUGUGGUUGUUCUUCUCUUCUUAUCCAUCCCGUUGCUCUGCCUCGGGAUUCGUUCGUUUCCCACGAAUGGCGAAAUCAUCUCCGAUGAUUUCUUCGGGUUCACGGAGGCGCCGGAGUAUCGCAACGGCGUUGACUGUUGGCCGGAAAUCAUCCACGUCGCAAUGACACUCGACUCAGAGUAUCUCCGUGGAUCAAUCGCCGCCGUACACUCCGUCCUCCGCCACGCCACCUGCCCGGAAAACAUCUUCUUCCAUUUUAUCGCCGCCGAGUUCGACCCAGCGAGUCCACGAGUCUUGACCCGACUCGUUCGAAACACCUUCCCGUCGCUCAACUUUAAGGUCUACAUUUUCCGGGAAGACUCGGUCAUAAAUCUGAUAUCGUCAUCGAUCCGCUUGGCGCUCGAGAACCCGUUGAAUUACGCCCGAAACUAUUUGGGCGAUAUACUUGACCCGAAUGUUAACCGGGUCAUCUACCUUGACACCGACGUCGUUUUAGUCGACGACAUUCAGAAGCUAUGGAACAUAACCCUACAAAACAACCGGGUUAUCGGAGCUCCGGAAUACUGUCACGCAAACUUCACCAACUAUUUCACCGACAACUUCUGGUCCGACCCGGUUAUGUCCAGGGCAUUCGGGUCUAAAAAACCCUGUUAUUUCAACACCGGCGUGAUGGUGAUGGAUAUGCGAAAAUGGCGGGCCGGAAAUUAUCGCCGGAAAAUUGAAAAAUGGAUGGAAUUACAGAGGAAAAAGAGGAUUUACGAGCUGGGUUCGUUGCCGCCGUUUCUACUGGUGUUCGCCGGUAAUAUUGAACCGAUUGAUCAUCGGUGGAACCAACAUGGACUUGGAGGGGAUAAUGUGAAGGGCAGCUGCCGGUCACUGCAUUCCGGUCCGGUGAGUUUGUUACAUUGGAGUGGAAAAGGGAAGCCAUGGGUGAGGCAUGAUGAGAAGAGACCGUGUCCGUUGGAUCAUUUGUGGAAGCCGUACGAUCUGUACAAGAGUAAUGAAGAUCAUCAUCAUCGUCAUCAAUCUCAGCCGUUGGAUUUUUCAUUUAGUAGUAAUUUUCUUGGAUAUUCGAAUUAUUUGAUUUGAUUUCAUUGAAAAAUCAUUUUUUUUAAUUUUCUUUUUUGGAUUUAGAGAUUUUGAUAGAUGGUUACAGAAAUAUAUAGAAAAUUGGUUGUUUUAA